AUGUCUGAACCACCGGCGGAUCCUUACCGAGGCUCAAUGCUUAACUACAGUCCUCAUAACAGUGGCAGAGAUGCCCGGCAGGAUAUUUCCUAUGGCGCACCUCCGUUGCCCCCGCAAGAUAGGCCCAUUGGAACUCGUUAUUCCGAUACAACCCACUCAAUCUAUGUGCCUUCGUCGACUUUUAGCACGGAUUACUCGGCCCAACGCCAUCCCUCGCAUUACGAUACACACGGGUAUACACUCUCCCCGAUGCAAGGUAGCAGGAAACGACAAUGUAUCGAUAAUGAGACUGAGGCCAGUGGAGGCACUGAUCAUAAUUAUGGUUACCGGCAUAUCUUGCAAAAUCCCAUGGGUGACCCAUCGGCUCCGGCAGGCGACUUGACUGACUUGACGUACGCUGGUCAUGUCGGCGCUUCGUCCUCCUACCAGGCAUUGAACCAGGACUACCUCCCAAGUUCUCUCCCACAACAGCAUCACCACCAUCGGCUCCCAUCCCAAGCGUUUGUGGCUACAGGUCAAGGCUCUGAAGCUACGCGAUCUUCCUCGCCGCAAAUCGACCGUAGCCACUUGACCGCUCCAGGCAUGCCUGCACGAUUCCCUCGCCCCAAAGCACCAAAGACCAGAUUCACUCCUGAGGAAGAUGAAAGAUUGAUAGAAUUAAAGGAGGUCCACAAUCUUUGUUGGAGGGAUAUUGCGUGGUUCUUUCCAGGACGAAAACAACAGACGUUACAAGUCCGUUACAGUACCAAAUUGAAGGAAAGAAUCCCAGAUUGGGGUGAUGUUUGGGAUCAGAAACUGAGAGAUGCGAUCAAGGAGUAUGAAGACAAGAAAUGGACGUGGUCGCGGUCAUAUGGGAUGGGCCAUCCACCAAUCACAGGCCCUCGGGCCAAAGCGGCUUCAAACUCGCCCAACCUCAAACCUCCAAACUCCCUCUCCUGCCCCAAACGCCCCGCGUCAUUCACCUCAUCACCCUCCAGGACAAUGUUCCUUCAACGUACAGCCUCCGCCCUCGCCAGGCGCUCGCCUGCCCGCGCUUUCACCCUCGCCCAGCGCCCCUUCUCUUCCUCCAUCAUUCGCUCCAAUGAGAAGAAGUGGACUCCCAAGCAGGAGGGCAAGAUCCUGACCUUCGAUGAGAUCAAGGUCGAGGAUGACCUCUUCGCUCCCGGUGCCAAGCCUGGUACCAUUCCCACCGACGUCGAGCAGGCCACCGGUCUUGAGCGUCUGGAACUCAUCGGAAAGAUGCAGGGCAUUGACAUCUUCGACAUGCGUCCUCUUGAUGCCUCCCGCAAGGGCUCCCUCGAAGACCCCAUUAUCGUCAACAGCGCCGGUGAUGAGCAGUACGCCGGUUGCACCGGUUUCCCCGCAGACUCCCACCAGGUCAACUGGCUGACCGUCUCCCGCGAGCGCCCCAUCGAGCGCUGCCUCGAGUGCGGCAACGUGGUUAAGAUGAACUACAUCGGACCCGAGGAGGACCCCCACUCCCACGACCACGACCACGGUCACCACCACCCCCCUCACGUCGAGCCCAAGACCUUCGCCGACUACGUGAAGCCCGACUACUGGUACCGUUAA